AUGCCAGGUGGUUACAUUCCCGGUCUUCCACCUGCCUAUCCUAACAGUUGGGUCCCUUUAGGAAUAUCUAACAUGUCUAGCUUAGAACCUGCGGACUCGAAUUGCACUUAUGGGAUUCAUUGGAUAUGGGUUUCAAUGGGAAUGUGCGUUAUGGAUGCUCAAGGUGGUGUAGCCUUAUUCUGUGGGGUCCUAUGUUUAUUUGUUUGGAUUGCAGUGGGAAUACCUCAAAUUGUUGAAAAUUUUCGGACGGGACUUGCAGACAAAGCUCUUUCAAUUAGUUUUCUUUUCUUUUGGACUUUUGGCGAUAUUUGCAACUUGAUAGGUUGUUUUUUAACACAUCAGCUUAUUAUGCAGAUUGUUGUAACGGGUUAUUGUAUCGUUAGUGACCUCGUCCUUGUGCUUCAGUUUAUUUAUUGCAAAAUUCGUCAUAAGGCUGUUUUACGUCAAAUGACUACAGCUUUAAAAGAUGGUGAAAUAUCUCCGAGCUCAAGUUCUUCUUCAGAUAUUAGUUACGACAAGUUAGAAGAACCUAAUUCACCUCAAGAAUAUCGAAGACUUCCAGUUUGUUUAAUUGGUGUAGGAAGUUUAACUUUGACAGCUAUUUCUUUAAUUUCUGUCGAGAAUUUGUUUGGUAACCAUGUUAUUGGACAACCAACAUCCAAUAGUUUUCACUACCAAUCGAGACGGUUAUUGGAAUGGAAACAAUAUGAAUCAACAGAUUAUCCAUCUAUCGAUUCAGAUCCUUUAGAUGGCACAACAGUUAAAGUGGGAUUUAUUCUUGGAUGGAUUUCUACAUGCAUGUAUCUGGUCUCUCGAUUGCCACAAUUAUAUCGUAAUUGGAAACGUAAAUCAACUGAAGGAUUGUCUAUAUUCAUGUUUUCUAUGACUGUUACUGGUAAUAUUUCAUAUGGUGGUCAAAUUUUACUUACAUCUACUGAAAAAAACUUCUUAAUCCGAGCUAUACCAUGGCUUGUUGGAAGUUUUGGUGUAGUGUUGUUAGAUGCUUUUAUUCUAUGUCAAUUCUUUUUUUAUAAAUCAUAUCAAUACAGAAAUAAUAACGAUAAUAUUAGUCAAGAUCAAAGGAAUUUAUUAGAUACAAACGUCGAUCAAGCUGAAACAGUUUAA